UGGCGGACAACUCUGAUUCAACUGUGUUUUCAUCCGGAUGGAAAUGCCUCAACUUGACGUUUGAAGAUGGCUCUACAUCAACAGCUUCAGUCGAAGCCAUUGUCUACAGGUCCAUUAUCACUGAUAAAGACCCGCAGGCUAUCCAGAGGCUACAGGAAGUCUGGACAGAAAUACAUGGUAACCAGACAAUAGUGCAGAUAGCAGCUGAGGAGAAUGAAAAUCAACAGUGUAACAUUGCUGAUACUGAGUCACAGGAAGAGACAAGUGACACAGAAAUGCCUGUGGUGGAUGAGUCAAAGGAUGGAAUCAACUGGAAGCACGAAGGAGUCCUGUUAUUGAUUUCCCUUUACGAGGCACAUAAAGAGAAAUUCGCCUCUUCUGCAUUUAGUAAGAAGGCAGUGUGGAAUAUGAUUGCCACGAAAAUGAAGGACCAAGGCUACAGUGUCACGGGGCAUCAGUGUAGCGAGAAAUUUAAGAGCCUGAAAAAUAGGUACAAGGAUAACAGAAAGAAGAUGGCCAAGAGUGGUCGUGGACGAGUAACAUGGCGUUACUAUGACAUAAUGGAGGAGCUUCUUGCUGGAGAUCCAGCGGUGGAACCACUGAAAGUGGUAGCAUCUGCAAACUGUGCCAAAGACCCUGCAGCGAAGCCACCUCUGCCACCAAAUGCGAAGCGGCCGCAAAUAUCAAGUCCUUCUGCUAAUGCAGUUGCCAUACGGGCUUUAUCAAAAUCAACAGGAAUAGCUGGGGUCGCAAGCCCAACUGUGACUGUUAGGUCAACAAGCUCAACUGUAUCUGUUAGGUCGCCAAGCCCAUCCUCUUCAAAUGCAGGUUCACCAGCCCCUGACGAGACAGUUCCUGACACGGUCAGUCACACCCCUGUCGUUAAGCGCCGGCGGAAGAGUGGGGAUGUCCCUGAAUGGUUCAGGACUUUUGCCAAUGAUACUGCAAGACGCAUGGAUGCACUAGAGGCUUCAAGUGAGCGGAUGAUAAAAAUUGCGGAGGAGCGCAAUGACAUUUUGCGAACCCUAGUGGACGUCCUAACAAAAAAUUAA